GGAGCUCUCGGAGCCGGCGGGGAACGGGGCAGCGGGAGAGGCGUGAGGAGGGUGGACGGGGGGAGAGGACCGGCUCGGCUGGGCUGUGUGGUGCCCCAGCUGUUCCCUUGGCCGGGCCUGUGCUAGCUCUUGCGGUUCCCGUCCCUGCUGUUAAAAAACAUGCAGCAAAACCUGAAUUUGUUAUUGGGCCUGUAAAGUGUUAGGAAGUGUCUGUCAGAUCUCGCCGUCAGCCUGUGUGCUGCUCAGACAGAGCUUCCUCCGACCAGAAAGCAGAUAGCGUGGUCUUCCUUUGCUUUUCUCAUCUAUUUUCCUGUCGUUUUCUGAAACUCACAUUUCUGUUUAUGCAGCAGCCCCUCAUCUCUAUUUCUCUCCAAUUUUUUGCCCCUGCUUCAGGAGGACCUGGUCUUUCUUAUUUAUUUAUUUAUUUAUCUAUUUAUUUAUUUUCCUGUGAAUUAUUUUGAUGUUCCUAACGUCUGGUGCAAGGCAGAGAGCUGAAUGCUCUGCGCUGCUUCAAGGGCUUGUGUUAGUAACGUGCUCAGUGCUACAGGAAAAACAAAGCCCUGAACCCACGUCCUAACAGAAAAGAAGGGAAAAAUGAUGUUCAGUUUCCUCUUUUAGAAAGUAACAACGCCCACUUCUGGUUUGAGUUUGGGAUAAUAAACAAACGGAAGCAUUUUAAAAUCCAGUGUUCUUCUGUAACUUCUAAGUAGCUUCCUUUUGUUUGUCUUUUACGGAAAUUAAGAGAACUACACGUGUUCAGAAAGGUUUGCUAGUAUGCAAAUGUGCCAAAUAUUGGCCUCUGCUGGGAACACAAAGCUUGCAGCUGUCACGAGGAGGAGAUAACAAAGAGAAGUGGUUACAAUGUGAAUGAUUCUCUCCUUGGUGAAGGAGAGACUGAAGGAAGGAACAGGACCAAGUGCAAGUUGACAGUAAAAGGCAAUCCAGAAGAGAGGGGUUUUGAGUAAUGGUUUGAAAAGGGACACUAAGACAGGAGCAAGUAAUGGCAGUUGAAGGAAACAGCUUUUGCAGGGUAAAAAGAAGCCUUUAAAUGAGCGGAGUGUAAGGACCUAAGGUGCUGCACCACAGGAGGAUCAGGUGGCUUCAGAAAACGAAAGCACGAUAAUUUUCCACAUGGUCAAAGAAGAGAAGAAAAAGAGAAUGUUAAUCCUUCUUCUCCUUUGAUGACAUCUUUUAAAUCAUUUCAGCUGGAACUCGACACCAGGCAUGAUAAGUAUGAACGGCUUGUGAAGCUCAGUCGUGAUAUCACAAUCGAAAGCAAAAGAACGAUAUUUCUACUCCACAGGUAUAUCAGUGCUCCCAAUGGUGAAGAAGUACUAAAUGAAUCAGAAGUCAAGUUAGAUGGUGUCAGACGGAAGAUUAAGCAGGUUGCACAAGAGCUAAUAGGUGAAGACAUGUAUCAGUUUCACAGAGCUAUAUCUCCAGGACUUCAAGAAUAUAUUGAAGCUGUUUCAUUUCAGUAUUUUAUCAAAACCCGAUCUUUAAUUAGUGUUGAAGAGAUCAACAAACAACUAAUAUUUACAGCAGAAGACAGAGAAGAAACAACAAACAUGACCUCCAGUUCCCAGGAUAAACAACCACACACUUGGAGCCUGAAGGUGACACCUGUAGAUUACCUGCUGGGAGUGGCUGAUCUAACUGGAGAGCUGAUGCGACUGUGCAUCAGCAGUGUUGGCAACGGUGACAUCGACACACCUUUUGAACUGAGCCAGUUCUUACGUCAGAUUUAUGACGGUUUUACUUUCAUUGGCAACACUGGACCUUAUGAAGUAUCCAAGAAACUGUACACUUUGAAACAGAGUCUGGCAAAAGUAGAGAAUGCCUGCUACACGUUAAAAGUACGGGGCUCUGAAAUCCCAAAGCACAUGUUGGCUGAUGUGUUCUCCACCAAAACAGAAUUGAUUGACCAAGAGGAAGGCCUUUCUUAAAAUAAGGAGACUGUCACAGCCCAGAAAGGGAGAGGACUUACACAGAGAAAUCUUGUUAGUUAUGAUUUUUAGGUUUUUGACCCUCAACGCUUUUUAGGUAGAGACAUUUUUAGUUUUAUCUACGAGAAGAUUGUUUGCAAUAGUGAUUUGUAACCAAAAAUACUUUUUUAUGGUGUGCAAGAGAACAAAUGUUUGACUUUGUCCUCUCGGCAUGGAAUUUCCUGUAUUGCUCCAUUGUAUCCUCUUUCAGAAUGACCAAAUGUUGCACUGCGUUUUGCACCAGUGACUGUCAGUAGUGCCAGUCACCUUGAACAGGUGUGGUUGCUCUUAUCACUAAUUAGCAGUGGAAAAAAAUGGUCAGGUACUGGUUGUUCAGCAUUAUCUGUAGGUUUUUGCUGAGCUUUGUUUUCUGACUGUUUGGGUUCUAUCUUCACAUUGUAUCUAAAAUAGCACACCUACAUGUGUGAAAGUUCGACCUUUGACUUGAAGCUGAGGUGGUCUUGAAACUGAAGCUAAGUCAGCUUUUCUCCAGUUGGUAAUGAGGCUAAUUGCACCAGGCAUGUAUUACUGUGUACUCAUCAUUCUGGGACUCGGUUAAAAUUGAGCUCUGUUUUAGUUACACAGAUUCUUUAGAUAUUUUGAUAUGAGUUAGGAAAUCAUUUAAAAAUGUGGAACUUAAUGGUUUAUAUUUUGGUAACACGUUUUAAUGCAGAAUCUGCCAUUUUUGUAGACAAAAGCAGAAGAAAGACCUGCCAAGUAUACUUAACACACACAAAUUGGUUAAGGCAAGAGCUUCUUGAACAAAACCAAUGAGGCUUUGUGCUGGAAGUCUGUUCUCUGGUGUUUGUGCUGCCCUGAGGACCUCCAGUGGGGCUGAGCUGGUAGAAGUAUAGGAAGGGCCAGCAAAGCUUUAAAUAUCUGUUAGCAGGAACUAUAUCAUGUGCAUGUUCCUAUGGAAAGGAAAUUGCAAACAGAAAUAAGGCAGACAUUCUGACUUCCAGGUUUAUCUUUGAGGUGGGUAUGUCACCGCUGGCAAAAAAUCAGGGCUUUCUGCCGGUGUCUGAAGUUAUGGAAGUCUGAUAAUGUACGUUUUGCUAAAGGAAAACAGAUAAAACAACAUGAUCUUUAGACUCCAGGAAAUAGGCCUCCCAACUGCAAUUGAAAAUACUGCAUGUUUUUUAUUUUCACUUCCAUAUGCUGUGAUAGUGCCAAUAUUUUUCCCAUGAGCAUGUCCUGAGUAGCACGGAUCAUCUGAUACAUGGACAGGAAUGGGUAAAUAUAUUUCUGCCACAUUUUUCCAUUGUUUCCACAUAAAGCAGUAUGUGGUGGGUGCUUUAUUUUCU